UGUUUGUGAACAAACAUCCUAACCAGAGCCAUGCUCCGCCUGUUUGUCCUAUUAGCCUGUGCGCUGCUGCCUGCCUGCGCAGAAGUCAACUACAUGGACCUCUGUAUGGAUGGAAAGCACCAGAAAACUGAUCCAGGGCCUGAGGACAGUCUGCACGGUCAGUGCAAACCCUGGAAGGACAAAUCCUGCUGCACAGCGGAGACCAGCCUGGGGGCCCACACUGACAAGUACACUCUGUACAAUUUCAACUGGGACCACUGUGGCAUCAUGACUCCCGAGUGCAAGAAGCAUUUCAUCCAGGACACCUGCUUUAUCGAGUGCUCCCCUAACCUAGGUCCCUGGAUACAGAAGGUGGAGAGCUCCUGGCAGAAUGAGCGUAUUCAGUUUGCGCCCAUUUGCAAAGAGGACUGUGAGACCUGGUAUGAAGACUGCAAACAGGACUACACGUGUAUGGAGAACUGGCAUAAGGGCUGGAACUGGACCACUAGAACAAACCAGUGCCCCAAUGGAAAGACUUGCAGGAAGGUCACUGAGGUUUUCCCAACGUCCAAAGAUUUUUGUGAGAAAUUAUGGAGCAAUUCCUACAAGUACACAACUCUGACCCAGAGCAGCGGGCAGUGCCUGCAGAUGUGGUUUAAUGCCACCAAUGGAAACCCAAAUGUCAAAGUAGCAAAACACUACGCGGACAUCCUGAACUCCGGUGAAAGUGUCCGCCUCGGCCUGCUGCUUGUCCUGGCAUCUCUCUGCCUGCAGUGGGCGCUAUAAACUUGCCUUCAC